UCUUAUAAUUGUCCAUAACAAUGCUAUUUUUCUUUUAGAUUUCACUUACGUUUGAAUUAUUUUAUCGUUAGCAUGUAUGCACGAAGUUGUUUCAGUGUUGUACUCAUAGUUGCUAUGUGUUGCAUUUUAUUACCUCAGUCUCAACAGACACAAACAUUUACCAAACCUCAAAAUACUGGCCAGAAGACAAGUUGCGUUUCACCAGACAAAUAUAAUCGCAAGCCAAUAGUAAUGAUACCUGGAGUUUUGGGUUCACAGCUAGAAGCAAAGAUAGACAAACCAGAUGUGGUUUCCAUUCUUUGUUCAAGGAAAUCGGACUGGUUUAGUUUGUGGCUCAAUCUUGAUGGACUUUUGCCGUUCCUGGUGGACUGCUGGGUUGAUAACAUAAAGAUGUUGUACAACAAUGAAACAAAGCAAGUCAGAAACAACUAUGGUGUACAGACCAGAGUUCCUCGGUUUGGAUCUACUUAUGCAUUUGAAUAUUUAGACAAGGAUAAAUACGCAAUAGGUAGUUUAUAUUUUGCGCCCCUCGUUGACCAUAUGACCUGUAAUCUGGGAUAUACGAAGCAAAAAGAUCUCUAUGGUGCUCCAUUCGACUGGCGCUUGUCACCAUUGCAGCAUAAAGUUUACUUCAAAAAGUUGGGCACACUUAUAGAGACUGCUUACUACAACAACAACAACACCAAAGUAGUGGUGAUUGGGCAUAGUAUGGGCAAUAUGUUCAUGUAUUAUUAUUUGAAGCAAAAGACGCAAGCCUGGAAAGACAAAUUCAUUGAUUCAUUUGUGUCCAUUUCAUCCCCUUAUUUUGGUUCAGUCAAAUCUCUAAAAGCACUGCUUUCAGGUGAAACAGAGGGGCAUGACUGGGUUCUUCCCAAACUGAAGCUUCGAAAUGUGGUACGAACUGCCCCAGCUUUUGACUUUGUUCUUCCUAACCCAGACCUGUGGCCACAUAACAAAAAAACCAUAGUAGUGACCAUCAAACAGAACUUCACUGUUUUUCAAUACAAAGAUUUAUUUAAGAGAAUUGGUUGUGAAGGUUGCUGGGAUCUUUGGAAACAAAAUGGGAAGGUUCUUGGUAAAUUCACACCACCCAAAGUUCCUGUUUACUGCGUGUAUUCAAGCUUGGUUCCCACACCAGAGGUAUUGAUGUAUGAUGAAGAUUUAUUUCCCGACCAAUCUCCAUCUAUGGUUGAUGGCGAUGGUGAUGGUACAGUGAACAGAUUCAGUGGUUCAGCUUGUCUUAAGUGGAAAACAAUGCAAACGCAACCUGUAUAUGAUGUACCAAUGCCUGGUAACAAACACGUUCAAAUUUUGGGCAACGAAACCUUACACAAUUAUCUAAAUCAUGUUGUACUGAGGUAACCCAACUCUUGUUUUUAAGAUUUUUUCUAUGGAUUUUAAUGAGAUUUUUCCUUAUUUUGAAACUUUUUGCAUUCCUCUGUUUUAUUCUUCCUAAUGUAAUUUGUUGGUUAGGACUGAAAGCGUUCAUGUCACGCUUAGCGUAUGGUGGUGGAAUGAUUAAGACUGACUUCCUGUAGUGUGUACCAAUCUGUUGAUGUUAUUGCCUAAUCACCACACAGCGAAAAUCGUAUAUAUAACUUUUAACCUGACCACCGUUUACCGCUGUAACACAACUCAGUCUUUUCAAUAACUUUCUUCGCCGUGCAUGGUGUGUUAAUCGCGCUUAUUAAAACCGAUACCAACGUUG